GGCUCUAUAAGAUGAGUCCCUUCAAUAGAACAGUUUACGUUACGGGCGCAAACGUUCGUAAUAAGUGGAACAUGAAUAUCGUCUGGUUAAAGGUGGUGAUCCUAUUGAACGGGUGGCUGUUCAUCAAGGGAUCGUCUGUGGCCAUGCUGCAACACGCCACGUCCUCGCAGAGCAUCGUGUUUCACCAGGCGCAGCCGGCGCUGCCUGCCACUACCACCCCUGUAUCUUCUUUAGACCAGUACAGCAGAACUCAACCAAAAUACGAGUAUAAGUAUGAGGUGUCAGAUCACCAAACGGGCGACAGAAAGAGCCACUGGGAGCGGCGCGAGGGUGACAAAGUGCGCGGCGCGUACUCUUUGUAUGAGCCCGAUGGCGCGCUACGCACCGUUGAAUACACCGCAGAUGCAGUCCAUGGAUUUAAUGCCGUUGUGCGUCGUGAUGAGCCACACCAGCAGACCAAGCUGCAGCACCCUCGUAUGCCAGAAUCCCGCAGCCGAGCCCUGGCUAGCAGAGACUACCUCGAUAGCCAACAGUACCUGCCCGAGAGGAGCGCGCCAACCAGUCCACGAUACGGGCCCAGUAACAGUGCCAACUGUAAUGUGGGCUUCAGUGUUAACCAUGUAUCUGGUCUACAAGCCCCGGAGGAGAAUUAUAAUUACUAGAGCCGGAGACAACUAUGUACGACUUAAUAGCGAAUGCCAAUGUGAACGUGUGUACUGUGUAUGGUCAGCAAAUCUAUUAGGCACCCCUGCAUAUAUUGCUUAGAUAAUAUUUUCGCUGAUAUUUUUGCAUAUAUAGCAAUUAUGAAUGAAUUCAUUGAUAAAGUCGCCAUGCACUUUUACGGCUGAUGGUACAGUGUAGAACCCAAAUCGGUAAACAAUUAUGUAGCUACUAGGUAAGUUAGUAUUUAUUGUUGAAGUGUCAUGUUGAAGUCGUUGUAAAUAUGUAAUAGCAACGAGCAUUUAUUUAGCUGACUAUAUUUAGCUGAAUGGGACUUAACGGGCCGUAUUUUAACGAACAAUUUAAGAUACAUUUUUAAGAUUGAGCAUCAUUUAGUUAAAAUAAAUUCAGAGAUUAAAAAUG